UGGGGCCUGGGCGGCUCAGGCACUCAACUAUGCCUAUAGACGCUGUAAUGAUCCCGUCUGCUCCAUAUUUUGGGUCCAUGCCGACACCGAGACCUCUUUCAUCCAUGACUACAAAAAGAUUGCAAGGAAGCUUGGUGUUGCAAACCUGAAAAGCGAGGACAUGCUGCAUUCUGUUCGCGAGCAUAUUGAAUCGACUCCAAAAUGGGUUCUGAUCCUCGACAAUGCAGACAACUUGGAACUUUUCGGCGUAUGUAAUCAUUCGGCGUCAACGCAUGCGCAGAACCUAGAGCAGUUCAUACCAAGUGGCACCAAUGGCACAGUUCUUUGGACAAGCCGUGAUGGAAACAUCGUUGGAACCCUCGUCAGCUCUGCUCGAGGUAUCAACGUUGCCAAUAUGACAAAUAAUGAAGCCAAAAAGCUUUUUACCACCAUUAGAAAUCAAGAGGCUGCCGACUAUGAGUUAAGUGAUAUCGAAACGUUACUCUACAAGCUGAGCUGGCACCCGCUUGCUGUAUCCCAAGCCGCGGCAUACCUACGCCGGACUUCUAUACCGAUGGCAACCUAUCUUGCAGAGUAUCAGAACAGGAGGAAGCGUUGGAAAAUCCUAGAACGAUCUCAACCUGAUCGACAUCGGCGAUCUCAGGUGCCAAAUAGCAUCCUCAAAACAUGGAACAUUUCAGUAGAACAUUUCCGAGAAGAGGAACCGUUAGCAUACAAUAUCUUGUACGUGCUUGCUUUCAUGGACAAUCGGAAUAUUCCCUUCGAGGUCAUACGCGAGGCCGCCCAUCACAUCAUCCACGGCAAACCGGACCAGGGUCAAAUAGAUAGCAGUAAACGCAGUUCUGAUCCUUACGACAUCAUCGAUGCUGUUACCCGACUUCAGGAGUUUUCCUUUCUCAGCAAAAAGGCAGAUGAUAGCAGCAACUCGACCUACGAGAUGCAUAAACUUGUCCAGGAAGCAACUCUCUAUGGAAUAACAGCGUACGAAGAAGAUAGGAAGAUCGAUUAUGUUGAGUUGGCCUUUGGGGUUAUCGAAAGCUUGUUUCCAGAAAGCUCACCGAGAACAUGGGAUGAAUGUGAGAAAUACAUCACCCAUGCCCUGCAAGUGGUUGUCUCCGUGGAACCGCAUGGAAGGGAAGAGAGGGUAUCUUCUUUACUGACACGUCUAUCGAUGUAUCUGUUCGACCGUGGCAGGUGGAGGGAGAAGAAGACGAUCGACGAGAAGGCAUAUCAGCUCCGAAAGGAGACUUUUGGCGAACGGAACCAAGAUACCAUCCGAAGCAAGGCAUUGCUUGCAGCGACAUACCGUGAACUUGGCAGGUAUAACGAGGCUGAAAACAUGGAGUCCAAUAUUUUGGAACUCCGACGGGAGCUUCUCGGUACACAGCAUCCCGACACGAUAUCGGCUAUGGCAUCGCUUGCAGCAACAUACCACGUACAGGGAAGAUAUCAAGUAGCAGAGAAAUUGUCUUCCGCCGUCUUACAAUUACGACGGGAUGUCUUAGGCCCACGACACCUUGAUACUAUUGAUAGUAUAGCAUCACUUGUUGCGACAUAUUGUGCUCAGGGGAGGUAUGCCCAAGCAGAAGAGAUGGGAAUGGACGUCUUACGACUCCGACAAACGGUACUCGGCAAGCUACAUACUGAGACAAUCUCAGCUAUGGCAUUGCUUAUAGAAAUUUAUCGGUACCAGCGAAGAUACCAUGAUGCAGAGAAAAUCGCAUCCGACGUAUUACAUUUGCGGAAAGAAGUCCUUGGAGAAAACCACCCUGAUACAAUCGAAAGUUUAGCAGAGCUCGCAACAUUGAACCGCGCUCAGGGAAAAUAUAAUGAAGCAGAGAGAGAUGAAUUACACGUCUUACAGCUACGACAGGUAUGCUUUGGUGAGCGUAACCCUAACUCGGUAUCGGCUAUGGCAUCACUUGCAGCAACAUAUUACGCACAAGGCAGAUAUAACGAGGCAGAGGAAAUCCAGGUCAAGGUUUUACAACUACGACGAAAUAUUCUAGACAAGCAUCAUCCUGACAUCGUUGGUGCUAUGGCGUCACUUGCAACAACAUACUGUGCGCAAGGCAAAUUUUCAGAAGCUGAGAAUACCCAAUUUACUAUAAUACAGCUUCGAAAAGAGCUGCUAGGAGCCCACCAUCCCGACACUAUUUGGGCUAAGGCCUCGCUUGCAGUGACAUUGUACGAGCAAGGGAAAUAUGAUGAAGCUGAAAAGCUUAUAGUAGAUGUGUUAGAACAACGACAAAGUUUUGCUAUCACCAACCCUGAGAGAAUAGAGAGCAGGGUCUUGCUCGCAGCUAUCUAUCGCGCACAGGAGAAAUAUGAUGAAUCUGAACGUAUCGAAACCGAUGCAUUGCAGCUCCUGCAGAAGUCGCUUGGGGAGCGACAUAUUGAUACGAUGAUGGUCAUGGCAUCACUUGCUGAAACAUUUCAAAUGCAGGGCAAGCAUGAUAGAGCCGAAGACUUUGCACUCGAUGUAGUACAGUUUAGGCGUGAGGUACUGGGCGAAACGCAUCCCUUUACUUGCACAGCCAAAGCGUUACUUGCUUCAAUCUACCGUGAAGAACGGAAAUACGACGAGGCAGAGAGGCUUGAGAUUGACGUUCUACGAAUUCGACAAGAUGUACUUGGUAGACAGCAUCCACAUACACUUUCAGCCAUGGUAGCGCUUGCAACCACGAAUUUCGCACAGAAAAAGUAUCAAGAGGCUGAGGACACUAUGGUCACCGCACUAAAGUUCCAACAGAAAGUACUAGGUUUUCGUCAUCCUACUCGAAUCUUGGCUUUGGCAACACUAGGUGCAAUUUAUUACGCAGAAGAGAGAUAUACCGAAGCAGAGGAGCUCGAGGUUGAAGUAUUGCAGUUUUACCUAGAGCAGUUAGGCGAGCGGCAUCCCGGUACUCUUAGAAGCAUGACAGAUCUUGCAACAACAUACCUUGCCCAAGGGAGACUCGAAGAUGCUGAGAAAACAUAUCUUAAGGUAUUGCAACUACAACAAGAGGUGCUUGGUAGGCAGCACCAAGAUACCGUUGGCUGCAUGAUGGGCCUUGCAGCUACCUAUUAUGCUGGCGAGCAGUUUAACUCGGCCAAGAGGUUAUACAUUGACAUGCUCCAAAUGCUCAAGGAAGAGGGGAGCGAGAGGGAUGUCGAUACAAUUGCCCGCAUGGCGGAACUCGGUUCGAUUCACUACGCGGAAGGGGAUCAUAAUGAAGCAGAAUUGAUCCAGUUGGAAGUGUUGGACUUUCGCAAGGAGCAUUUGGGUGAGAAACACAUUGACACGAUAGAAACGAUGGAAGAACUGGCGGAGACGUAUUGCGCCCAAGGGAGAUAUUCCGAAGCGUUUGAGAUCCAGCUUGGUGUCCUCAAUUUCCGGCAGGAAACCCUAGGCGAGGAGCAUCCUGAUACGCUGGAUAUCGUCGCGAAACUUGCAACUACCCGCCAAGUGCUCAAAAAAAACAUGCCUACAUUCCGGUUGCUUUACAGAAUGCAGCGACUUCUAUAUCCAUUUCUGCUACUAUGGACUUUGAUGUGGAAACUUUCAACGCUCCUUAGAUCAAAUACCUCAGUGGUAACGUCCAAAAAAGAUUUGUAGUUAUUCAGGGAAUAUGACCUUAGGUGAAGGUGAGAGGGGUCUGCAAUAUCAAAAUAGGCCGAACUGCGAACUCA